GCAGGGCGAGCAGCGCUGCCGCGGCCGGGCCAGCCCCCGCCGGGUCCAUGAGCCGCCGCCAGCCGCCGCCGCCAGCCCAGACCGCCGCCGACGCCGGGCCCAGCUCCCCCAGCCCCGCCGCUUCCGCCGCCGCUCCGCCGCCCCGCCGGAGGACGGUCCCGCGCCCUCCGCUGUGACGAGCAUGGCCGUGACUCUAGAGCAGGCCCAGAAGGUGGGCUACACCUGCCUGAAAGCACUCCUCAGGUUCGCUUUUAUGGUCGCCAAUAACCUGGUUGCUAUUCCGUCCUACGUCUUGUAUUUAAUUGUGCUGCAGCCUCUCCGAAUAUUGGACAGCAAAAGCUUCUGGUAUAUCGAAGGAGUGUUAUUUAAAUGGCUUUUAGCUAUGGUGGCUUCCUGGGGCUGGUGGGCAGGAUACACAGUAGUGGAAUGGGGUGAUGAUGUCAAAGCAGUGUCAGAAGAUGAAGCCAUGGUGCUGGUGAACCACCAAGCGACGGGUGACGUGUGCACGCUGAUGAUGUGCCUGCAGGACAAAGGCACGGUUGUCCGUCAGAUGAUGUGGCUGAUGGACCAUAUUUUUAAGUAUACAAACUUUGGCAUUGUGUCUCUAAUCCAUGGAGACUUCUUUAUAAGACAGGGGAGAACACACCGUGACCAGCAACUCGUGUUACUCAAAGAUCAUCUAGAAAAAUACUACAGGAGCCGCAAUAGGAAAUGGAUUGUUUUAUUUCCAGAGGGUGGCUUUCUUAGGAAAAGAAGAGAAACAAGCCAGGCAUUUGCCAAGAAAAACAAUUUGCCAUUUCUUAAGCAUGUCACCCUGCCAAGACUUGGGGCAACACAAGUCAUUCUGAAGACGCUUGUAGCACCACAAGAAAAUGGAACUCCAUCAGCUGGAGAUGCUGUGAGAAAAGAGAGCAAAUCCAAAGGCCUCCAGUGGGUGAUAGAUACAACCAUUGCAUAUCCCAAAGGUGAACCCAUAGACAUCCAGACCUGGAUUCUUGGCUACCGACAACCAGCAGUGACACACGUACAUUACAGGAUUUUUCCAGUGAAGGAUGUACCUGCAGAGCCUGAAGCUCUCACAAACUGGCUGUAUCAACGAUUCAUUGAAAAGGAGGACCUCUUGACACAUUUCUAUGAAACAGGAGCUUUUCCACCACCCCAGGGUCAGACAAAAGCGAUUUCUCGGGAGAUGACCCUCAGUAACCUGUGGCUGGUUGCCAUACAAUCAUUUGCAUUUUUGUCAGGAGGGAUGUGGUACUGCCUCUUUCAGUAUUUGUACCAUUGCCUAUUUUAAAAGUGGAAUGGGACCUGAGGACACAAUGGGAAUCCAGGCUCUUGCAAAUGAGUAUCAUGUUGUAUGUGCAAAUGUGAAUAUUCAAGAGUAAAGGAAAAUACUGGAUGGACUUUUACCUCUCUUUGGGGGAAUUUUAAACUCCACUAAAAGUGAAGAUCAGUAACAUAGUGACCUGAUGAUGUAUUAUUUUAAGAAUUGUCUGUAUUUUUAAAAAUGUAUACUCUCACCCACACUUAAGCAAAUUCAGCAUUUGGACAAAAGGUGCAAUCGUACAACCACCGUAGAAGAAUGUCUGUGACAAGAAAGCUUUGUCACCACAAGUAUUUCUUGGCAUUGUAGUUAGAGCUCAGAAAAUUCCGCAACUUGUCUCUUCAGUAGUGUGUACGGCAUUGGUGUGGUAGAGAUUCCUCAUUUGCACAACGUGUACUUUACUGCAGCUCAUUGUGCUGGAGGCAGAAUCCUCAGCAGAGCUGUGGAGGUGUCUUUGUGGCUACGCAGUCAGCAGUAGUUGUAGCAGACACAUCGAUCUGAACCCAACACCCAAAUAAGAUCUGGUGUCAGGUCUGUCCUCUCCUCUGAGGCACUGGUCCUCAAACAAGCAUUGCAGCAUCACAGUGUGAUUAAAAGCUGUCCACGUGGGAUGAAUCAGCCCAUCCCUGCUGUGGUCUUGCCAUCAGCUCUCCAAGUUCCAUGUGCUGCCAGUGUCUCAUGUUAUAGGGAAACUUGGAAAAUACAAAGUCACUCGGUUAAAUUCCCUUUUUGCUCAGAAUGCAGCUAAACCCUCACCAUCAGUUUUGAAAAUGCACUUUCAAAGGUGAAAAGUCAGUGAAGGAAAGACAUAAAACAUAGGGAACAGAGGGAAGCUUUGUUUGUCACACGUUGGAAGGCAGAGCAAUUCUAGCUGUUUCUGAAGGUCUGCUGGUGCUGCUGGUGAUUUUUAGCCACCUUUGUAUUUUGUAUACUGCAGUCCAACCAAGGUGACCUUGGAGUGGUUUAUAGAGGCCUUUUUCUCCCUGCUAGUUGCAACCGUGCUAAAUAUACUUGUGGGAGAGUUUCAAUAAUUAAAUGCCAACCAUCUUAAUGUUUUGCUAAGGAGUAAUAGAAGAAAAACUAGUUUC